AAUCCAAAAGGAAAAAGAGUUUGAUCAGUAGUCUGUUUCUAAAUAGUCUCCGCCGGAUCCUCCUCUAUUUAUAUAAGAAUAAACUCAUCUCUCUCUCACAAGUCAUAAACGUAGACUACAAAUAAAUCUCUCUCUCUCUCUCUCUCGACAAAGACUAGUAAUAAUGGCUGGUGGCGAUUUGAUCGUGAGCUUCGGCGAGAUGCUGAUCGACUUCGUGCCGACGGUGUCGGGCGUUUCACUGGCGGAAGCACCGGGAUUCCUCAAAGCUCCGGGAGGCGCGCCGGCGAACGUGGCGAUCGCGGUGGCGAGGCUGGGAGGAAAGGCGGCGUUCGUCGGGAAGCUAGGAGACGACGAGUUCGGUCACAUGCUCGCCGGAAUACUCAAGGAGAAUGGAGUGUCCGGCGACGGAAUCAAGUUCGAUCAAGGAGCUCGAACAGCGCUGGCGUUCGUGACACUACGCGCCGACGGGGAGCGUGAGUUUAUGUUCUACAGGAAUCCGAGUGCCGACAUGUUGUUGACUCCCGAGGAGUUGAAUCUGGAUCUCAUCAAAUCUGCCAAAGUUUUCCAUUACGGAUCUAUCAGUUUAAUUGUGGAGCCCUGCAGAUCAGCGCAUUUGAAGGCAAUGGAGGCCGCAAAGCAAGCGGGUUGCCUACUUUCAUAUGACCCAAACCUGAGGCUACCACUAUGGCCAUCAGCCAAGGAAGCACGCGAGAAAAUUAUGAGCAUAUGGGACAAGGCUGAUGUGAUCAAAGUCAGCGACAACGAAUUGGAAUUUCUCACCGGCAAAGAGGUCAGUGACGAGGCAGCAUUGUCCUUGUGGCAUCCUAAUUUAAAGCUUCUUCUGGUCACUCUUGGUGAAAAAGGUUGCAGUUACUAUACCAAGAAUUUCCAUGGAACUAUUCCUGGUUUCCAUGUGAAAACUGUUGAUACAACUGGUGCAGGAGACUCUUUCAUCGGUGCCCUGUUAUGUAAGAUGGUUAAGGAUCAAUCUGUGAUCACGGAUGAAGCAAAGUUAAAGGAAGUUCUCAAGUUUGCAUGUGCAUGUGGAGCCAUCACAACCACAAAGAAAGGAGCAAUCCCAGCCCUGCCCACAGAAUCUGAAGCCCUCACACUUCUCAAGGGCAAUUAGAUCAAAGACCCACCCAUCUGUGUCUGUUUUUACCUUUCAUCUUGCCUUAAUUCCUGUUCAAGCUACUUUUUUUCUAUAUUAUUAGCUUCUAGGUUUUAUGAAAGUUUUGUUUGGAAUCCAAAUAAACUGGGGUUACCAAUCUCUUAGAGAUUAGGCUAUCUUUUCUUCUGUCUUGAAGGUUUGGUUUUUCUUUUUCAUAAUAAUAAUAAACACAUCUUGUUUUUCAUAAAA